GUUGGCCGGCCACGUCCAAUGGGCAGCGCCGCCGGCUUUCCCGCGGUUAUUCGCUAUUCGAGUGGGUCGUGGCGGACGCGGCGGUUAAAGAGCAUAACGGUCGCUGGCCUCCGACGCGACGAUGGCGGCCGUAGGGCCCGGAGGCUACACGCGGAACGAUGCGGGCGAGAAGCUGCCAUCUAUCAUGGGGGGAAUUCCAGCGCGGAGAACCCAGUCCUCCCCGCCCCCUGCCCCACCUCUCUGCCUUCGGCGACGGACACGACUCUUGGCAGCGCCCGAGGACACCGUACAGCACCGGGUGUCUCUUGAGAAGGUGCUCGGCAUCACAGCUCAGAAUAGCAGUGGUCUAACCUGUGACCCUGGUACCGGCCAUGUGGCCUACCUGGCAGGCUGUGUGGUGGUGAUUUUGAACCCCAAGGAGAAUAAGCAGCAGCACAUCUUUAAUACUGCCAGGAAGUCUCUGAGUGCUGUGGCCUUCUCCCCUGAUGGGAAGUUCAUAGUGACAGGGGAGAACGGGCACAGGCCAGCGGUGCGCAUCUGGGAUGCAGAGGAGAAAAGUCAGGUGGCGGAGAUGUUGGGCCACAAGUAUGGUGUGGCCUGUGUUGCCUUCUCACCAAAUAUGAAGCACAUCGUGUCAAUGGGCUAUCAGCAUGACAUGGUCCUCAACGUCUGGGACUGGAAGAAAGACAUUGUGGUGGCCUCCAACAAGGUAUCAUGCAGGGUCAUUGCCCUCUCCUUCUCUGAGGACAGCAGCUAUUUUGUCACUGUGGGGAACCGACAUGUGAGGUUCUGGUUCUUGGAAGUCUCUACUGAAGCAAAGGUAACAGGCACAGUGCCCCUGGUGGGACGUUCAGGCAUUUUGGGUGAGCUGCACAACAACAUCUUCUGUGGUGUGGCCUGUGGUCGGGGCCGGAUGGCAGGCAAUACCUUCUGUGUGUCCUACUCGGGCCUCCUCUGCCAGUUCAAUGAGAAGAGAGUGCUGGAGAAAUGGAUCAACCUGAAGGUCUCCAUGUCUUCUUGCCUCUGUGUCAGUGAGGAGCUCAUCUUCUGCGGCUGCACAGAUGGGAUAGUUCGCAUCUUCCAAGCCCACAGCCUGCACUAUCUCACCAACCUGCCCAAGCCACACUACCUUGGGGUAGACGUGGCACAGGGCCUGGAGCCCAGCUUCCUCUUCUGCAGGAAGGUAGAAGCGGUCUACCCAGAUACAGUGGCACUGACCUUCGACCCCGUCCACCAGUGGCUAUCGUGUGUGUAUAGAGACCAUAGCAUCUACGUCUGGGAUAUCAAGGACAUCAAUAAAGUGGUCAAGAUGUGGUCAGAGCUCUUCCACAGCUCCUAUGUCUGGAACGUGGAGGUGUAUCCUGAGUUUGAAGAUCAGAGAGCUUGUUUGCCAUCGGGAUCUUUUCUGACUUGUUCCUCAGACAACACCAUCCGUUUCUGGAACACGGAUGGCAACCCUGACUCUCACUGGCAGAAAAACAUCUUCAGCAGUACCCUGCUGAAGGUGGUAUAUGUGGAAAAUGACACCCAGCACCUGCAGGACACAUCACACUUCCCAGACCGGGGCUGCGAGAAUGGGACACCCAUGGAUGUGAAAGCUGGGGUGCGAGUCAUGCAGGUCAGUCCUGACGGCCAGCACUUGGCUUCAGGCGACCGAAGUGGAAAUCUGAGGAUCCACGAGCUGCACUUCAUGGAUGAGCUGGUCAAAGUAGAAGCCCACGAUGCCGAGGUGCUGUGCCUGGAGUACUCCAAGCCUGAGACAGGGCUGACCUUGCUGGCCUCUGCCAGUCGGGACCGGCUGAUCCAUGUGCUGAAUGUGGAGAAGAACUACAACCUGGAGCAGACCCUGGACGACCAUUCUUCCUCCAUCACAGCCAUUAAGUUUACUGGCAACAGAGACAUCCAGAUGAUCAGCUGUGGGGCAGACAAGAGCAUCUAUUUUCGCAGUGCUAAGAAGUCCUCAGAUGGACUGCACUUUGUCCGUACCCACCACGUAGCAGAGAAGACCACCUUGUAUGACAUGGACAUUGACAUCACACAGAAGUACGUGGCUGUGGCCUGCCAGGAUCGCAAUGUGAGGAUCUACAACACAGUGAAUGGGAAGCAAAAGAAGUGCUACAAGGGCUCUCAGGGUGAUGAAGGGUCUCUGCUGAAGGUCCACGUAGACCCCUCAGGCACCUUCCUGGCCACAAGCUGUUCUGACAAAAGCAUCUCAGUGAUAGACUUUUACUCAGGAGAGUGCGUUGCCAAGAUGUUUGGCCAUUCAGAAAUUGUUACUGGCAUGAAGUUCACUUAUGACUGUCGUCAUUUGAUCACAGUAUCUGGAGACAGCUGUGUAUUCAUCUGGCACCUGGGCCCAGAGAUUACCACCUGCAUGAAGCAACACUUGCUGGAGAUCAACCACCAGGAGCAACAGCGGCAACAGCAGCCCAAGGACAGAAAGUGGGGCAGCCAACCCAGGCAGGAGACUUAUGCAUCCAUGCCCAGUGAGAUUCUAUCCCUAAGCCCUGGAGAACAGACAGAAGAUGAGCUGGAGGAAGAGUGUGAACCAGAAGAGCUGCUGAAAACACCAUCCAAAGAGAAGUUGGAUCCAGGUCCUCAGUGCCUACUGACCAAUGGCAAGCUGCCACUCUGGGCCAAGCGACUGCUAGGAGAUGAUGAUGUGGCAGAUGGCUCAGCCUUCAACACCAAGCGCAGCUACCAGCCUCAUGGCCGCUGGGCAGAGCGAGCAGACCAGGAACCCCUCAAGACCAUUCUGGAUGCCCGGGACCUGGAUUGCUACUUUACCCCGAUGAAACCUGAAAGUCUGGAGGACUCCAUUCUAGACACAGUGGAGCCACAGAGUCUGGCAGGCCUGCUAAGCGAGUCAGAGAGUCCCCAGGAAGAUGGCCACGGGCAUUCCUCCUUCCUGCCCCUACAGAGGGAGUCAUCUGAGGCCAGAGAGCUCAUCAUCUACUCCCUGGAGGCAGGAAUGACAAUCACAGGGACAGACAGUGAGAAGGAGGUGGAGUCAGGGCCUGGAGACCAGCAAGGUGACUCCUAUCUCAGAGUCUCUUCCAUCAGCUCUAAGGAUCAGAGCCAACCUGAGGACUCAGGGGAGUCAGAGGUCGACUUGGAGUGCAAUUUUGCCACCAUUCAUUCCACCCCUCCACGACCUGACCCAGACCCUCAGUGUGCCAUGAUGAGGCCCCACAUGGCAGAAUGCUCAGGUACAGCAGAAGAAUCAUCCCAACCUGAAGGACCAGGCUUGGCCAACAGCUCCCUGCCUCAGACCCCUGAGCAGGAGAAGUUUCUCCGCCACCAUUUUGAGACACUUACUAAUGCCCACUCUGAAGAGCUUUUCCAUGGAUCCCUGGAAGACACAAAGGUCUCUGACUCCGAGGACUACUUCUUCAAUCCCCGCCUGAGCAUCUCAGCCCAGUUUCUCUCACGCCUCCAAAAGAAUUCCAGGUUUACCCCUGCCUUCCCUUCCCAACUGCCCCUGCACCUUUUGAAGUCUCCAGAGGUCAAGCCCACAGGCCAAGGGGGAAGCCAGCCCAAAACAGAGCUCCUGAGAGCAGGUACUGGCUACGCCUCCCCAGACAGGACCAACGUCCUCUCUGGGGGGAAGACUGAGGAGUCUCUUGAGACCCUGGAGGCCUGGUGCCCGCUGAGCCCCUGCCUCACAGGCCUGGUGCCCUAUGUCGCUGCCUCUUCAGUGCCAACCAUGGACAGGAAACCGACACCCACAUCCAUAUCUGCCCCAGGCCUGGCUCAGGGUGUCUUCUCCCCCUCCACCUGUUCGUACAUGGAGACCACUGCUAGCUCUCAUGCCAGGAUGUCACGCAGCAUCUCCCUUGGGGACAGUGAGAGCCCAGUCAUGGCUGAGCUAGCCAGGCCCCUCCCUAGGCCCUCAUCCAUGGGGGAACUGGCCUCCUUGGGCCAAGAGCUCAAGGCCAUCACCACCAGAGUGAUACCCAAUUCUAACAGUGAAGGCCAAGAACCUGCCCUGCCUUCCUGGGGCAACCAUGAGGCUCGAGCCAGCCUCAGACUGACCCUGUCAAGUGUCUAUGAUAGGCUCCUCCUGCCCCCACCCCCACUGGAGACACCUACCACGUGUGUCUGGUCCCGGGAGUUCACAGACACCCAACCUGAUAUAGCAGUUACAGAAGGCAGCUUCCCAGCCCCCAGCCCUGUCGAUGUGAGCACCCUGAGGCUCCACACCUCUGUCUUUCUCCCAAAGCUCCCAGCCCCUGAGCCCCUCACCCCUCCUGCCCACCCCAACAGUCCCCAGCUUCUAGAGGCUAGGCCUGGGGUCCUUGGUAGCACCAAGUCCCUCCUGGAGCCCACCCCUGAUGCACCCAGUCUGAUCCGGGGCAGCCCUGGACACUGGAGGGAACCUGGUCUGCCAGCUGAGGUCUUUCCCUCAACUCCCCCUGAACUGAGCAGUGUGGGGAACAUCGUGCAGAGACUGCAGACUGCCUUCCAAGAAGCCCUGGACCUUUAUCACAUGUUGGUCUCCAGCAGCCAGGUGGGCACUGAACAGCAGCAAGCACAGACUGAGCUGGCCUCCACCUUCCUUUGGAUCCACACCCAGCUAGAAGCCAGCGACUGGCUGGUUGGGACUGAUGUGGCCCCAGCCCCAACCCUACCCAGCCCAGAUCCCCCAUCUCCACCCACACUAUGCCCCCUGGCCAGUCCAGGUCCCCCGUUCCCACCUAUGCUCUGCCCUCUGGCCAGCCCAGACCUGCAAGCCCUAUUGGAACACUACUCAGAGCUGCUGGUGCAGGCCGUGCGCAGGAAGGCACGGGGACACUGAGGCUAGCAACCCUCCUGUUCUGAAGAAAUUGAUAUUUUAAGGAAUAAACGGAUAACUUGGA